AUGAUCAAUGAAAGCAAGACGAAAUAUUUAUCAAAUGUAAACAUCAAUAAACAAAAGAAACACAUUUAUAUCUACUGUGAACUUUGCCAAAAAGGUUGGAAGGAAAAUGUUCCUGGAACACAUCCGGAUCAUUCGGGAGAUUCAAUUGAGUUUCCUGGAAUCAUUCUUCUGCGGAAUUUCAUAUCAGUCUCUGAAGAGGAGUUCCUUGUGAAUGAAAUUGACAAAAGAGCAUUUGUGGAUUCACAAUCAGGAAGGAAAAAACAGGAUUAUGGUCCUAAAAUCAACUUCAAGAAAAAGAAAAUCAAAUGUGAUUCAUUUACUGGACUGCCUGCCUUCAGCAAAUUUCUUGUCGAUCGUUUCACUGACUUGAAGAACCUCAGUGACUUCAUACCCGUUGAACUCUGUAAUCUUGAGUAUGACCCUGCAAGAGGUUCAGCUAUCGACCCCCACUUUGAUGAUUUCUGGAUUUGGGGUGAACGUCUCAUAACUGUCAAUCUCUUGGCAGACACUUACCUCAGCCUGACAAUGGAUAAAGUGCCAUCUCGAUUAUUAGUUGAUCAAUCAGAUCUUUUGAACUCGGAAGUUCGGGUCCCUCUACCAUGUCGAUCACUUGUUGUCGUUUCUGGACCUGCUCGUUACGAUUGGAAACAUGGCAUUCUCAGGUGUGAUAUCUCCAAACGACGGUUAGCAAUGACAUUUCGAGAGUUGACACCAGAAUUUCUUCCCGGUGGUUUGUAUUAUGAGGAUGUUGGUCGUCUGGUGAUUGAAAGAGCUUUGACAUAUUGUGGUAUUUCAGUGGCUGAGUUUACAAAAGAAUGA